CGAGCAACGUUUCUGUGCCAGGAGAAAAAAAGACAAUGGCCCCGGACAAAAAGGAUAACAAGCGCAAAGCCGCUACCGCUACCGUGAGCCCGCCCGCGAAGAAGACCAAGAAAGUCGAGGCCAAGUCCAAGGAAGCUGCUAAAGAUGCACCGAAAUCCAUCUUAAAGAAGAAGCCUGCGUCGGCUCCUGCAACAGAUGCAAAGGCGUCCGCUUCUUCCUCAAACCUCAAUGGCAAGCCUACGCGGCAAGUGAAGCCCCGCAAGCGGGCUGCGGAUUUCCUUAGCGAAGACGAAGAUGAAGAGGCUAAAGCUGCCCCCAAAUCGGAGCCCAAGCCUGACAAGAAGAAGGUCAAAAAUUCGAAGAAGGUCGAGGUUGUUGCCGAGGAAAGCGACGACGAAUCUGAGGCCAGUGUAGCGUCAGAGGAAGAUGAGGCGGAAGACGACCAGACCACAGCACUUAUCAAGGGCUUCGAGAGCAGCGGCGAUGAGGAUGCAUCGGAUGACGAGGGCUUUGAUCCUGACCAGCCAGUCCCCCGGAUCCCAGAUUCCAAGAAGGCCAAGCGCAAGAUCUUGAAGAAGCAGAAGAAGUCGGAUGAGCCUGAUGAGCCGGGUACUGUCUACGUUGGUCGUAUUCCUCACGGUUUCUAUGAACAUCAAAUGCGUGCCUAUUUUUCCCAGUUCGGAGAUAUCACUCGCCUCCGUCUAUCGCGUAACCGCAUCACCGGCCGCUCAAAGCAUUAUGCCUUUGUUGAGUUCUCUUCGGUCGCGGUUGCCAAGAUUGUCGCGGAGACCAUGGACAAUUACCUCAUGUAUGGCCACAUCCUGAAGUGCAGGUUCGUUCCUAAAGAGCAGCUGCACCCGGAGAUCUGGAAGGGGGCCAACAGGCGGUUCAAGAAGACCCCAUGGAACCGGAUCGAGAAGAAGCGUCUCGAGAAGGGCAAAACAAGAGACAAGUGGUCAAAAAGCAUCGACCAAGAGCAGAAACGGCGACUUGCCAAGGCCGAGAAGUUGAAGGCCCUGGGUUACGAGUUCGAGAUCCCUCAGCUUAAGAGCGUCGACGAUGUUCCCAUGCAAGAUGCAACCGAGGCUCUUGAAGCCCCAGCGGAAACAGAUAAAGCCAUCGAGGCUGCUCCUGCUGUAGAGGCUACCCAGCCCGAGGAGAAGGCCGAAAGCACACCGAAGAAGGCCAAGAAGGAGAAGAAGGCUGCUAAAUCUCCCGCCGCUGAAAAGGAGACACCCAAGUCCGCUACGAAGAACACUGCUGCUGCAGAGUCCACGGCUUCACCCGCUGCGAAGACUGGCGCCAAAGCCAAGAAGACCAAAAAAUCGAAGAUCUCGGCAUAGUCUAUGCCUGGGAGAAUGUUUGGGUCAUGAGAUAGACGGCUUUUGUCUCUACCUGUAUUUCUUUUACUGCGUGUUAGUCCUCGAGACAUGCCCAUGUACCUUGCACUUUACAUAUUUCAUUACAGCUCAAAAUUCCAUCGCUAGUCAUUAGACUCAUGUAUAUUUU